UUUUCUUUCCUCAGUUCAAGUUCAAUGACAAAAAAACGAGAGUUGGGAACGUACGAACUUUGAACUGUGAGCAACACGAUGAAGCGAUUCUUCAAACCCAUCGAGAAGGAAGGCUCUGCCAAGAAGCCCUCGCUUUCUCCUUCCAAAAAUGGUGCUGAAAACGGCGAUGCGCUACCUGAAGUGGACGUCAAGAAAGAGCCAUUGAAGUUCCUCACAUGGAACGCUAACAGUUUGCUUCUUCGAGUCAAGUCCAAUUGGCCCGAAUUCUCCAAUUUCGUUUCCAAUCUCGACCCUGAUGUCAUCGCUAUACAGGAAGUAAGGAUGCCAGCUGCUGGUUCAAAAGGUGCACCUAAAAAGCCAGGAGAGUUAAAAGAUGAUACUAGCCCCUCCAGAGAAGAAAAGCAGAUAUUGAUGCGCGCUCUUUCUAGUCCACCAUUUGGAAAUUAUCAUGUUUGGUGGGCUCUGGCUGACACAAAAUAUGCAGGCACUGCAUUGUUAGUAAAGAAGUGUCUUCGACCAUUAAAAGUUUCUUUUUCUCUUGAUGGAACAGUUUCGAAGCAUGAACCAGAUGGCCGGGUUAUUUUAGCUGAAUUUGAGACACUCCGCAUAUUGAAUACAUAUGCACCGAACAAUGGUUGGAAAGAUGAGGAAAAUUCUUUCCAGCGGAGAAGAAAGUGGGAUAAAAGGCUUCUAGAGUUUGUUGUGCAAUCGUCAGAUAAACCUCUUAUUUGGUGUGGAGAUUUGAAUGUUAGCCAUGAGGAUAUUGAUGUGAGUCAUCCAGAAUUCUUCAGUGCAGCAAAGAUGAAUGGUUAUGUUCCUCCAAAUAAAGAGGAUUGUGGGCAGCCAGGAUUUACCUUAGCUGAGAGGAAGCGCUUUGGGGCAAUAUUGAAAGAGGGAAGGUUAGUAGACGCGUAUAGAUACCUGCACAAGGAGAAGGACAUGGAAUGUGGGUUUUCAUGGUCGGGGAACCCCAUUGGGAAGUAUCGAGGAAAACGAAUGAGAAUAGACUAUUUCAUUGUUUCAGAGAAGCUCAAGGAAAGAGUUGCUGAAUGUGAAAUACAUGGGAAAGGGAUUGAAUUAGAAGGUUUCUAUGGGAGUGACCAUUGCCCUGUUUCCUUGCAACUUUCAGAGGGGUGCAAAGAAGACAAAUGACAUGUAAUGAUAUUAAUUGUAAUAUUGAACGGUAGUUGUUGAAUCUUAAGUAGUUUCUGGUAUUAUUUUCUAGUCAUUUUAGUAUUCAUUUUUACCCUCUAGGUUCUUGUUAACAUGUUCAUUUUGGGUUUGGAUUAUACUAAGUUGAGUCGUUUAAGAUUUGGAUUAA